GAACAUGGCUCAAGAAACUAACCAUAGCCAAGUGCCUAUGCUUUGUUCCAUUGGCUGUGGAUUUUACGGAAGCCUUCGUACAAAUGGCAUGUGUUCAGUAUGCUAUAAAGAACAUCUUCAAAGGCAGAAUAGUAGUAAUGGUAGAAUUAGCCCACCUGCAACUUCCAUCAGUAGUCUGUCUGAAUCUUUACCAGUUCAGUGCAGAGAGGGCAAUGUCCCAGAAGCCCAAUCAACAUUAGACUCCAUGUCUUCCCCAUCUAUGCAGCCAAGCCCUGUAUCAAAUCAGUUACUUUUAUCAGACCCUGUAGCGUCUACCCAAGGGGAAAGUACAUCUGUGGACAAAGCAGUACCUGAAACAGACAAUCUGCAAGCUUCAGUAUCAGACACUGCACAGCAGCCCUCUGAAGAGCAAAACAAGUCACUUGACAAACCAAAACAAAAAAAGAAUCGCUGUUUCAUGUGCAGGAAGAAAGUGGGAUUGACUGGGUUUGAAUGCUGGUGUGGAAAGGUUUACUAUGGUGUGCACCAUUACUCAGAUGUACACAAUUGCUCUUACAAUCACAAAGCUGAUGCUGCUGAGAAAAUCAGAAAAGAAAAUCCAGUAGUUGUUGGGGGAAAAAUCCAGAAGAUUUGA